AUGGCUCGUAACCCAAAUCGGGGCGCCCCUAUGUCUCGCUUUAAGCGAGCACUGGGGGGGGGGAGCCCAGAUGGGUCGGCCCAGGCGCGUGGGAGGCCAGAAGAUGCUGCUGAGCAAAUUAACUCAUGGGUCAACAAGUCCACGAGACAAACCAUUACCUCACUCGUUCCAGAUGGAUUAGUUGACCAGAAUACAGGGCUUGUACUUGGCAGCGCGCUGUAUUUUAAAGGCAGAUGGCUGGAUAAGACUGAUAUAGGGAAGACUGCUGAACAAAAAUUCUACUGUCUGGAUGGAACACAUGUCCUAGUUCCUUUUGUGGAGUAUGACAGAACUCGUCUUUUUGCUGCGCAUGACGGAUUCAAAGUUAUUAAGCUUCCUUACAAGCAAGGGAAUAAUGAACGGAAAUUUUCCAUGUACAUUUUCCUCCCAGAUGCUCAUGAUGGUCUGUUUGAAUUAACCAAGAAGAUUUUCUCUGAACCGGCAUUCUUAGAACAACAUUUACCGACGGAGAAGCGCCAUGUGGGUAUUGGGGUGCCCAAAUUCACGAUAUCUUUUCAGAUCGACAUGAAGGAUUUUCUGAAAGAUAUGACACUUGAAUUGCCAUUCCGACGAGAUGCAGAUUUCAAAGAUAUGGUAAAGGAAGGUGACUCGAAGGAGCCUUUGUUUCUAUCUGAUGUACUUCAUAAAGUGAUUUUGGAAGUGAACGAUGAUGAAAUUGAAGAAACUUCUGUGGAGAAAAGCAUAGGCAAGCCUUUACCAACAGAGCACUUCACAGCCGACCACCCUUUCUUCUUUCUCAUUCGGGAGGAAGUGUCUGCUACGGUUAUCUUCAUGGGACAUGUGCUUGAUCCUUCAUCACAGUACUAA